AUGAAUACCAUUGUCGCCAACAACGCGGAAAAGGCACUCGGUGACCGACCUACCGCUACCACCCGUGAUUAUAAAGUUCGCCCCAAUGAGACCAUGCUUGCACUCCGCUGGUACGGUGAUAAAGAUGUCCGCGUUGAGGAAGUCCCCGCGCCCGCCAUAACCGAGCCUGCCGAUGUCGUCGUGAAAGUUACCGGUACGACAGUCUGUGGUAGUGAUCUGCAUCUUUACCACAAAGAGAUUCUGCAGCUGCAGAAAGGUGAGAUCUUGGGACAUGAGUUCAUGGGCAUUGUCGAUGAGGUUGGGUCCGAAGUCACAUCCAUCAAGAAAGGCGACCGAGUCGUCGCCAGUUUCCAAAUUGCCUGUGGCAAGUGUCAAUUCUGCAAAGAAUGCCUUACCAGUAUGUGCGACCGCACGAACUCGUCUGCUUUGCAAGAAAAGCUCUAUGGUAAACCUUUUGCGGGGUUAUUCGGCUACUCCCACUUUGCAGGCGGCUUUGCCGGUGGUCAAGCUGAGUUUGUUCGGGUACCAUUUGGCGACUUCAAUCUCCUCAAGAUCCCCGACCAUGUCCCGAACGAGAAAGCAUUGUAUCUCAGCGACAUCGUCCCAACCUCCUACCACGCCAUCGUCUGCGCCGAAGUCAAAAAGGCAAAGAGCGUCGCCGUCUGGGGUCUCGGCCCAGUCGGCCUGCUAGCGUGCAAAUGGAGCAAGCUCGAGGGAGCAAGACGCGUGAUCGCUAUCGACCAAAUACCAGAGCGCCUCGCUCUCGCUCAAGACAUGGGUUGCGAUACCAUCGACUUCUCGAAGCAAAAGGACGUCGUCAGUGAGAUCUACAGGCUCGAGCCGCAAGGCGUGGACUGCUGUAUUGACGCCGCUGCCUUCCGGUACACGAAAACGUUGCGGCAAAGUGCUGAGCGCCUUGUCCGCCUGGAGACAGACAGCAGCGAGAUCCCCAACGAGACUCUACGUGCAGUGCGCAAAUUCGGAACGGUCGCGAUUGUGGCAGAUUACGCGGCAAUGACGAACCAGUUCCUCAUUGGAGCUUUAAUGGAAAAGGGUAUCACGUACCGUGGUUGCGGCCAAGCUCCAGUGCAAAAGUAUUGGCACCAGUUGCUGGAGAAGAUCGAGAGUGGCGAAUUCGAUCCCACCGUUGUCCUAACUCAUAGAUUCUCGAUCGAGGAUUUCAGCGACCUGUACGAGGCAUUCGAUAAGAAGAAGUAUGGAAUAAUGAAGACGUAUGUGCAGACAAGAUUCUCCCCGCCACCGACGGCAGGCACUCCCCAAUUGAGCACGUUCAGAUCGGGAGAUUUGAUUUUGGUCUGA